CGCCCCAGUAAGAAUGAACCCUAAAAUUUGUUUAAUCAGUUUCAUGCAACAAAAAGUAACAACCGGAAACUUUCUCAUGAAUAUUAGUAAACACAGCAAAACCAAAACGCAACACAACUGAAACAGACAGGACUUAUUUCAAACGCAGCCUUCUUUCUUAAAUUUUAGGAGCAUCUAAUUUUUUGUUAUGGGUAAAGGUGCCCCACACAAAUAUCGGAAACGGAGUACUCCAUCAAAAGCAUCAAAAAGUCAGAAAAAUCGACGUGAAAGAGAAAAGAUUCUUCUGAUUGAAAAAACUGUUGAAAAUGAUGAAAGAAAGAGCUACACUGCUAGAUUUAAGCUGUCUGUAAUUAAGCGGGCUGAAGAAAUCGGCAAUCGGGCAGCGGGCCGAGAAUUUGAGAUAGACGAACGUUGCAUCCGUCGAUGGAGAGAGGAAAAGCCAAUUAUAGAGAAAAUGCCUGGGAAUAAAAGGGCCAGGCGAGGCGGAACAACUAAAUCCAAAGAAGAAAAUCUCAAUAAUGAUGAGGCUUUAGAGUCUAAAUGUGAUUUACCUGUCAUUUCUGCUGUUCAUGGAAAAGAAUAUUUUGAAAAGCAUCCUUUUCCUAUUCCCUAUAACCAAAUCAACAACUCUGAUUGUAAGUUAUUACCUCAAAACACAUCUAAUAGUUCAUCAUAUGAUAAAGAAAAUAAACUACUAUUCGAUGUUAUUAAGUACCUUGAUGAGUGCGCUAAUGUUGACAAAUUUGAUUUAGCUGGAAAACUAUAUGCUGCAAAACUGAGGACUGUUCCUUUUACAAAUCAGCAAGCGAUGGCUGAAAAUCUAUGUCGUCAAGUGUUAGUUGAAGCUGAACACUUUAAUCUAGAUGAAAAAAUUUUUUUAUUAAAAGAGCAACCCCUUGACCAUCUUGCAAAUUGUAAAACUCCUACUCACAUUACCAACAAAAGUGAUCUUGAACAGUCAUUUUACCUUGAACUUGAAAAAGACUCUUUGUUUCAAAUUAUUGAAAAACGCCUAUCAAUAAAUACUAAAGAAGACCGAUUUGACAAAUUUGGUAACUUUUAUGCCACUAAAAUGCGAUCAUUUUCAAGCUUUCAAUACUAUUGUGCUGAUAAGCUCAUUAAUGAAAUUGUCCUAACAGCAGAAUUAGGUCGUCUUCGAGCAAGUUACAAACUGACGAAGACUGGUGCCUCUUCACCUCAAAUUUUUGCCUCAGGAAAAUCAUAUGCAAAGGAAUACCGGACAAAAAUAUGUGUUUUGCCAGCUUCUGAUCAAACAUCUGCUAGCAAUAAAACACAAUCUAAUAAUCAGUUCUCAUCUUCAUCUCCUGGUAAUCCUCCUCCUCAAACUUCUGCUCCUAGAACUUAUGCAAAGAGAUGCCGCACAAAAGUUUCUGUUUUGCCAGCUUCUGAUGGAUUAUGUGCUAGCAAUAAGACACAGCCUGAUAAACAGUCCACAUAUUCUUCAAUUGACCCAUCUUCGGAUCCUGAUGAUCCUCCUACACAAACUUUUGCUCCAGGAAAAUCAUAUGCAAAAAAAUGUGAAUCAAAAGGUUCUGUUCUGGCAGUUUCUGAUGGAACAUGUGCCAGUAGCAAGACACAAUCUAAUAAACAAUUCACAUAUUCUUCAACAGAACUAUAUUCAGAUCAUGAUGAUCCUCCUCCUCAAAUUUCUGCUCCCAGAAAAACUUAUGCAAAAAAAUUUCGGACUAAAGUUUCUUUUUUGCCAGUUUCUGAUGGUACAUGUGCCAGUAGCAAGACAUUGUCAACACCAAAUGUCAUUUCUAUCCAAAACAACGAGCAUAAAUGUCUAGAAUCUUUGCCCUCUCCAUCAGGAUGUAAUAAAGUUUUAAAAGUGUCUGAUCAAGAGAAAACAAGUCAAUCUAUAAAUGAAAAAUUAAUGAAUAAUUCUGACCAAGCACUCAAAAAUUCUUUAGUUAAGCCACCUGUAUUUCCUUUGACAGCAAUACCAGCUGCUAUUUCUAUUCAAAACAAUGAACAACAAAAAUCUGCUAGAAAUUUGAUAAAAGUGGUGUUUAUUAAACAGGGCCAACAAGCCGAGAAGUGUGACACUCUUCCGUUGUUACCAGAUUAGGCUGGCCAAUUUUAAUAAUCUGGAAAACAAAGAAAACUGGUGCAGAUUUUAAAGAGAUUGAGAUAUUUUAAAAAUAUCUCAGGAUCUAUCAAUAUUUUCCUUUCAUGCUGAAUAGAAAGACACUUCAGCAUGACAAAAAUUUAAAAGCAUUUGCAGAUUUUGUGACAAUUCCAAGACUGAAAAAAUGUAUUGGGGUUACACAUAACUUAAAUUGUUGAUAAGAGCUACUGUACCUCAAUUUGUUUUAUUCAUAUGUUGUGCAUUUUAUUUUUUUGUUGAAAUCGCCAGUUAUUUUAUUCUAAAACAAAUAAAAAUAUUAUGAUGAAAAA